GAUGACUGUUUCCUGCGCGCAUGCGUACCGAAGCGGACCCGAAGGAAAGCGUUUCCUGUGGCUAUAAAAUGAGAGAACUCUAGAAGCCGGAUGUCUGUUUCGGCUGAAGGAGAUGGUGGUACCAAUGUUGGACAUGCCUGCUCAACCUAUCGGGAUGGUUGCUGAUGUUGUGUUUGUUAUUGAAGGCACUGCCAAUCUUGGACCUUACUUUGAAUCUUUGCGCAAGCAUUAUCUUCUUCCUGCAAUUGAGUGCUUUAAUGGUGGUCCACCAGCUGAAACAGACUUUGGAGGAGAUUAUGGUGGUACCCAAUAUAGUCUGGUGGUGUUUAAUACAGUAGACUGCGCUCCUGAAUCAUAUGUACAGUGCCAUGCGCCAACGAGCAGUGCGUAUGAGUUUGUCACAUGGCUGGACAGCAUUCAGUUUGUGGGUGGUGGUGGUGAGAGCUGCAGCCUCAUCUCGGAAGGUCUCAGUACUGCCCUACAACUCUUUGAUGACUUCAAGAAGAUGAGAGAGCAAAUAGGCCCCACACAUAAAGUCUGCAUCCUUAUCUGCAACUCGCCUCCCUAUCUGCUUCCAGCUGUGGAGAGUACCACAUAUUCAGGCUAUACAACAGAAAAUCUGGUUCAAAAGAUUGGUGAGCGGGGAAUUCACUUUUCUAUUAUCUCCCCACGGAAACUGCCAGCUUUGCGCAUUCUCUUUGAGAAAUCUGUGACAGGGAACAUGUUAGAGACUCAGUUGAAAGACUACAGCCAGGACCCCCGGCACAUGAUCCUUAUCCGUGGUAUAAUGCUUCCAGUAGGAGGAGCAGGAGCAACCAAUAACAACCUGCAGCCCAAACAACCUGUAUCCCAGCCUCCCACAGUUCCUCCUCCACUCCCUCCAGCACAACCACAGGUUCUGCCACAAGUUUCUCAGCCGUAUCAGGUUACACAACCCGCUACUCUUACUGCAGCCCAGGCAGCUGCUCAGUCUGCUGUGGAAGCCGCCAAGAACCAAAAGACCGGUCUAGGCACCCGCUUCCCUUCGUUGAAUACCAUGCAACCAGCUUUCAGUCAAGCUCCUACGCAGACCCUUCCAACAGGCUCUGUUCCGGCUCUGACUCAAAAGCUCCCUCCCUCGUCUCAGUCUAGUCUGGUCUCCACAGUAACCACGGGCUCUGCCCUGAUGGUUCAGCCCCCUGUGCAAGCCUCCCCACAAUCUGGUGCAUCAGCCAUGACUAGUGGUGUGCCUCCCAACAGUAUGAAUGUGACUCAGCCGACACAGGCACAAAUCGGAGCACCCCAGCAAUCUAUCCCAAACAAAGUGAUGGCAUGGAGUGGGGUGCUGGAAUGGCAGGAGAAGCCGAAGCCAACUUCUGUGGAUUCCAAUACUAAGCUCACACGUUCCCUGCCUUGCCAGGUGUAUGUCAAUCAAGGAGAGAAUUUAAAGGCUGAGCAGUGGCCUCAGAAGCUCAUUAUGCAGUUAAUUCCUCAACAGCUCUUGACAACUCUGGGUCACCUGUUCCGCAAUUCUCGCAUGGUGCAGUUCCAUUUCACCAAUAAGGACUUGGAAUCCCUCAAGGGACUGUAUCGCAUCAUGGGCAAUGGAUUUGCUGGCUGUGUCCACUUCCCUCACACAACACCUUGUGAGGUGCGAGUGCUGAUGCUGCUCUAUUCCUCCAAGAAGAAAAUCUUCAUGGGGCUCAUUCCUUAUGACCAGAGUGGUUUUGUCAACGGGAUCCGCCAAGUCAUCACUAACCAUAAACAAGUUCAGCAGCAAAAGAUGGGGGGUUCUCAACCCAUGGGGUCCACACCCAACACACAGCCCUUCCUGACAAAGCAGCCUGGCAGUUUGCCAGUAACUCCAGGAGUCCAGCAGCAGAUGGGUGGGCAACAGGUGAGCCCCGGUAUGCCUCAGGUGGGACUCAUGGAAGAACGGCAACAGGGUUUGAUGCAGCUCCGAGUGCAGCAACCUCAGCCAACUGCUCCACCUACCAACCAACCUCCACAAUCACAGGGUCCUCCUCAGGCUGGGCCACAGACCAACCAAGGAGGGGCCAUGCUUAGGCCCCAAAACCCAGGAGCCAACCCUCAGCUCCGAAGUCUUCUUCUGAGCCAACAACCGCCCCAAACUGGAGUCCCUCAAUCCCAGCAGCCCCUUCACCAUCUACAGCAAGGGUCUUCAGGAAUGUUACCACACCAGUCCAUGGGGCAGACUCUUGGGCAUCAGCCUCCUGGGCAGCAACAGCUCCAGCUUCCUGGACAACCUCUCAUGCACCAAGCUCCUGGGCAACAGUGGCCAGCCCAGAUGGCACCACGGCCACAAUUGCAAGGUCAAAUGCUAAUGAACGCUGGUCCCCGGGGGCCUGUUUCUCAACCAGGCCUGCAGCAGGUUCCUGCCCCCAGCAUCAUGGAGGAUGACAUCCUCAGAGACCUUAUCUGAGGACGCAGGAUUCUCCUCCAGUGUCACCCAGUGCUGAAAUCAUCUCUGUAAACUGGGAAGAUGCUUCCUUUCCAGAGAAUAUUCUUUUUUUCUCAUUUGUAAUUUUUUUUUUGUUCCUGUUAAGAAAUAUUAUACACUUGCAUUGAAGUUGGUCUUUUCUGAGAUUAAUUCUGUUUCUCACUCCAUCUGCUGCAAUUUUAGGAAUGUCACCCAGUUCUGCUGUAUUUUAGGUUACACUAAGAGUUCAGGCCAGCUUCCCAAGUUCCCCAGUGGGUUUUCAAUUAAUUUUGGUAUAGAGAGAUAAUUAAAUGAAAGGAGAGGGAAAUAAAAGUGAUCCUAUUGUGAGGUAUGCUGAAAAGUUCUGACCUAAGUUCCCAUAUCUCUCAAAGAGCAUAUAUCUAAUGAUUUAAAACAGGGGUGUCAAACUGGUGGCCCGUAGGCCGGAUCAGUCAUGCACAGGCCACGCCCACCACAGCUCUGCCAAGGAAAAAAUGUCACAAUAUGUCACGUGAUGGCAACAUAUGGCAAGUUUGACACACACGAUCUAAAUUAAAAAUGAGAAAGAGCUAUUUUAAUAGGUGUACAAGGGGGGGGAAGGCUUGGGGGGGUUUCUUUUCCUCAACCUCUCACAUUUGAGAUGUGCUGGACUGCACCUCCCAUUCUCCUCAGCAGUCAGAAGUUCAAAUUCUGACUGGAACCCUAAUUCAAAUAUCUCAUUGCUUUCUUCCUUAUAAAUCCCUACAGCAACCCUUCUGGUUUACAACUGCCCAAAUUAUAGCAGUCCAUGUACAUUGUAUUCAAAUUCAGGAGUGGUACAGUGGCCUAGGGGUGGAGCUCUUGCCUCACAAUCAGGAGGCUGAGUUCUAUCCUAGGUAGAGGCAUAUAUUUCUCUCUCUGGGUACACUGAGAAUAUAUCUGCUGAACAAAACUCCGCAUUGGUGACAGGAAGGGCAUCCAGCCAUUAAAACACCCUGCUAGCUCCAUUCAGUUGCCCAGACUCUACCCCGCAAGGGAUUAUGGGGAUCAUUAAAAGAUGAUACAUUGUAUACAAAUUAGUUUUCCAAAUGCAUAACGGUUUGGCUUUGCUUUCUAAAACACAGGCUUUCUUAGGGCAGAAGUAAAAAUCUAAGACCAGGAUGCUACAUUUCAUUUUAGAGUUUGCACUGUUCUCAGAAGCAGAGAUAAUAUAAGAUUAUAAUCAUGGUGGGUUCUUGUAAUAUAUGGUCCUGUUAUAAAAUGGAAAAGUAGAUAGAGUGAGCAUGCAAGGACUGGAAUGAAGGAUGUCAAUAAAGCACUUCUACAAGUAUAUGCACUA